UUCUUUCUUGGCUCUUCUUCUUCCCCGCCUCUUACCCCCUCUCGCGGCGUCUUUUUUCUUGCCUUUUCCGCUCUGGUUCGAAUUAAUGGCGGAAGACUAGAAGCUAGGGUUUUUGGGUAAAGGUUUGGUUUUUGUUAUCUUCGUCAAGUUUCAUGGGGAUCGUUCUAGAUCGCGAGUUCUGUGGAUAGUGCUUGUUUUGUCCUCCGGAGGAAAUCCGAUAGCGAUUUGGUGGGUGCGGUGGAGGAUUUCUUGGUGGAAAGCUUCUGGUGGCCUACAAUUCGACUUUCAUGGGGAAUAAUGAAGCUGGGACUCCUCCAAAGUCUGACAAAGCAUCUUCAUCUGUGCAGGAGAAACCAGCCAUUCAUCCAUAUCCAGAUUGGGCGGCUAUGCAGGCAUAUUAUGGCCCUGGAGUGAUGCCACCUCCAUUUUUCAGCACUUCAGUUGCACCUGGUCAUCCACCUCAUUCAUAUAUGUGGGGGCCACAGCCUUUGUUACCACCUCCUUUUGGGACGCCAUAUACUGCAAUCUAUCCAGCUGGAGGAGUUUACUCUCACCCCCCGAUGCCCUUUGGAUCUCACAUGCAAUGUCAAGGAAUUGCACCAUCUCCCACUAUUAGUGAGGCGGUAGUGAUGGCAACUCCUUUAAGCAUGGAGAUGCCUGCUAAGUCACCAAGCAAUAAGGAUAAAGGCCCGUUGAAAAAGGUUAAAGGGUUUGAUGGGCGUGCUGUGGCAAUGGGCAAUGGCACUGCUGAAAAUAGAGGCGAUGAUGUGAAUGGGUCAUCAAAAAGCGGGGGCGAUAGUGUGGAAGGCUCAAGUGAUGGCAGUGAUGGAAAUAAUGCAGGGGGGAACAAAACUCAAAGAAAGCGAAGCUCUGAAGAUAUAGGGGCUCCAGGUGACAUUAAAGUUGACACACAGGCCAAUGCUGCUCAUGGUGGAGAAACAAGUGCAUCCUCAAAAAUGUCUCUAGGCGUUACUGGUGCACCUGCAAAUAUCUCAGGGAAACCAAUAGGCACUGGAACUUUAUCUAAUCCAACACCAGGAAUGGAAUUCAGGGUUGCUGCUACCGGAAAAGUGCAGGCUAGUGGGACACCUAUUUCACCGGCAACCAGUGCUAUGAUGCCGGGUCGUAACAGAGGUUCUUCUGAACUCUGGAUACAGGAUGAGAGGGAACUCAAACGUGAAAGGAGGAAGCAAUCCAACAGGGAAUCCGCUAGAAGGUCAAGGCUGAGGAAGCAGGCUGAAACUGAACAACUCGCUAUGAAAGUUGAGACCCUGGGUGCUGAGAACGUGGCUUUGAGAUCUGAAAUCAGUCGGCUAUCAGAGAACUCAAAUAAACUCAGAUUAGAAAAUUCAACCCUAAUGGAGAAACUGAAGACUGCACAAUUAAGCCAAGCAGAAGAGAGUUCUAUUGCUAACAUGGAGACUGAGGGAGCCCCAUCUGUUGUUGCAGAGAAUUUCUUGUCAAUGAUAGAUAACUCAAGCUCGGUUAGUAGAAGUGUGCAGCAGGAGGAUGAGGCUCAUGAGAACUCCAGUGGCAAGCUCCACCAGCUUCUCGACUCCAAUCCUAGGACAGAUGCUGUGGCUGCGAGCUGAUCUACAACCGAUCUCACUAAUCCAUAGUUUGGGUCCAAUUAUAAGCCCAAAGAUAUUGCUGACAUUAACGUAAGGUAGGUAUUGAGUAAAUUAGGCAGUGAUAACAGACUGAUCAACUUGAGGAAAUGACCUUCAGACUCGGCAAGUUUGCAGGCCUAAGGGCUUCAGGCAGGGGGGGGUUUACUUUUAUAUGAAAAAAUUUGUGCUAAAUGUGUGAUCCAUGCAACUUGUAUGAUCCAAUCAUGGUGUUGGAAAGCUUUAUAACUGGAUGUUGCUGAGGAUCAUAAUUAGAGAAACAUAUCUGUAUAUUUUAGGAUAUCUAAAGGAAAAUGUUCUCUUCCUGUCAUUGUGGUUAAGUGGGGGUUGCCUUUGAUAUUCUACUUGGCAGGCUGUCAUGUAAAGUGCUGGUUUAUCCUGAGAAUUCGGUUACGUGUUAAUAUAUUAUUUUUAAGUUUUGGUGCUGUCUGA